CUGCUAUCCAGAAGGGUUGGGAUUUUAGGGCAUUCCCACAACAUGUGGAGGUAUGUGCCCGUGGAGGUGCAACUUCUCCAACAUCUUGGUGGGGUUCCUGGGCGUAUCAGCGCCAGUUUCUGUGGUGUUAAGUGCUACCUGUAGGUGAGUUUCAGAGUGAGUUCCCUUCUUUUGGCUGAUACGAAUUUAAAGGGAGGUUUAGACCACAUUCUAGUCCAUUGGGUGGGGUUAAUUUCAUAGCCUAUGUCGUGCUCCCAUUGCUCUUUGAUUAUGUCAAGGGAGUUUGUGGGAUUUUGGAGCAGUAUUUUGUAUAUUGUGGAUACCAUCCCUUUGCCAUGUCCCUCUGUUGUCAGGAGAAGGUUUUUGAAGGUGAUCAAGGGCCUAGUCGCUGUUGAUUUUACUGCUGGAUUGUUUAAGAAGGCAUGUAGUUGAUGGUGUGGUAGCCAAGGUAUUUCCAUGUCCCCUAGUUUGUCUUGUAUUUCUUGUUUUGGUAUGGGUUUGUUGUUUUUGUAGAAGUCUUUUAGACAGUGUAGGCCUUUGGCUUGCCAGGUUUUUAUCUGGAGGUUUUGUGCUGCGUGUUGUAAUAGUGGGUGAUAAGCCAGUGGGGUUUGGGAUAGUUUGCCUACUUUUCCCUUCUGUGUGAACCUGUCCAGUGUUGUGCGGUUUUUCUUUAGUUUGUUUUGGAGAAAUGGGUAUGCUGUUGUGGGGAUGUUUUCGAUGGUGUCUCUCUCCAAGUGGACCCAUUGUCUGUGCCUGACUCUUUUCUGUGGUGCAGCCUUGAAUUAACUGGGUAGUCAUAGGCAACAAGGAAUUGCAUGCAGGCAAGUGAAUGGGAGAGUCACACCAUCCCUCUUCUAUGCCCAUCACAAAAGCCCCUUGGACUGCCAGAGGAGGGAAGACACCCACACACUAUUAACAUUUAUUGUAAGCUUGUGGGUUUCUUAACAAGGUUACUUCAGUGUGUAUUGCCCCGAUCCCUAUAGUUCAUAAUUCCUGCUAUUGCUGUGUACUUCACUUAGUUUUCUGGGGUGGAUAAGAGGUGGCGAGGUUCUCGCUCUGCAGCAAUACUUGUAAUGUGGAUGUCAGUUUCCAGGAUUGGAGGUGGUGUGUGGCUGUGUUUGUGUAUGACAGGGAAUUUUUCAUGAGACUGGGGCCUAGUGAUGCACAUGAAUCCUACUAGCUGCUUUUUUCAUGGGGUUGGAAGCAGGGAUAACAGUGAGCCUAGCAACACAACUUGGGACUGCAUGAUGCUAGCGUGGGUGGUAUAAUAGGUACUUAUGAUAGUCCGUCCCCCCAUAUAGAUUGCUUCUUGGCUGCCUUUAGGGGAAAAGAAGUGGGGUGUAGGCAGAAGUCUGUAAGUGGGCCUAACCCACAUAGGAAAGCAGCUGAGCUGUGCCAGUGGCAGCAGCUCUUCAGUAAUGUCUAAGGCAUGUGGUCACACCCUUGGGGAGCGAGCCAGCUUCCUGAUUGGAAGGGGAGGGGCAUUGCUGCUUUCCAUCCCUUUAUACUUCCAGUCCUGACAGCGAGCUGCUGUGCCUUAAAGGGGCACUCCAGCUGGAGCAAGGAAAAUACUGCUGCUAGCCAACAGCUUCUCCCCCUUGAGGACCCUGUGCGCACACAGGAAAACAACUCCCAAGGGUGGGGGCAGACAACUGCUUUUUUCUGUGUAGCCUUCCUAUUGCACACAAGUCCCCUUCCCUGGUAUAGUUUUACCUACACCUUUUAUUCCAAGGAAGGUCUCCCUCAGUUCCUGGAAUUCUUUGAAGAUUGCUGAACUACAGUAUGUUUUGCAGUUCUACGAUGCAAGGAGGGACAGGGGCAACUAGGGUUGGUGUUCCUCCUCUGGAAGGUAACUGCCCCAGGUCAUAGUUGCAGACAUGGCUGAACAAGAGCCUACCCCCGAACAGCUGGCCCAGAUUGCAGCUGAGAAUGAGGAGGACGAGCACUCUGUCAACUACAAGCCCCCUGCCCAGAAGAGCAUCCAGGAGAUUCAGGAACUGGACAAGGAUGAUGAGAGUUUACGCAAGUACAAGGAGGCCCUGUUGGGAAAUGUUGCCAUCGCUGUCGAUCCCAGCACUCCAAACGUGGUGGUAACAAAACUGACUUUGGUCUGCGCUACUGCUCCUGGACCCUUGGAGUUGGACCUCACAGGUGACCUGGAGAGUUUCAAGAAGCAGUGCUUUGUCCUGAAGGAAGGUGUUGAAUACCAGCUAAAAAUCUCCUUUCGGGUGCACAAAGAGAUUGUUUCGGGGUUGAAGUAUAUUCAGCACACAUUCAGGAAAGGAGUAAAAAUUGACAAGACUGACUACAUGGUUGGGAGCUACGGGCCACGUGCUGAGGACUACGAGUUCCUGACCCCCAUGGAGGAAGCCCCCAAGGGCAUGCUGGCUCGGGGCAGCUACAACAUCCGAUCCAAAUUUACAGACGACGACAAGACAGACCACCUUUCCUGGGAGUGGAACCUAAACAUCAAGAAGGAGUGGAAGGAUUAGCCCUUCCCUAGCCAAAUCCUGAGAGUUGCUCAGACAGUGGCUACAGUAGGAGAAAAAAAAACACCCCACCCUGUACCAAAGUGCUGGCAUUGAGACCCUCCCUCCCCUUCCCCAUUCUUAAGCUCAUCAGGAAGACCUUUUGGUUCAACGCCCCACAUAUUUCCUCCCAAGAAUCACUGAAAGAAAUUGACCAAACCUGCACUGUCUGGCCCAAGCGCAGAGGUGGAAGUGCUCUCUCUCCUUUCUCUGGCCUCCCGAUUAUGAGGUCUGCUGCUUCUGACCCACUUUGAAUACAUUUCAGGCAGGUGCUGAAGGGGAAGCAACAUUCCUGCCUGCAGGGGAGAGGAUUCGGAGGCACUCCUGUCUCUGGGUGAAGGGCAAGGUGCUGAGGAAUCGAUUCCAUGCAGAGCUGGGAACUGCCUGCUGCCUCCCCCCCCCAAUUGUUUCCAGGCUCAAUCAUGUUCAUGGCCUGCCCCUUCUCCUCCGGAGACGUGGGUCGGCUUUCCAUUUGUGAUGGUUUCCUGUAACCAUGAUGCCUUAAUGUGUAUAACAUACAUCCUCCAGGGAGGGCCCCCCCCCGACCUUGUUACACUUUUUUAUAUGUGCUCCUGUCCUGUCCCCCACACAUACCCCUCCCUCCUCCUGAUUUUUCCAUCUUCUGGCCAGACCAUCCCCCUGCUGAGGCUGAUGUCUCCAAAGGCUUACGCUGCUACCCUUACAGACUCCCUGUGGCCAGAGAAGCGCUUGCUUCCAGCUAGGGAGGUGGGGCCUGUUGGUGGGCGUGGAAGUUACGAGUGCCACUGUCAUCUCCAUGUUAGUUCUGUCACACCUAAACUGGCUGCAAAGUGCUGAAGUUCCCAGGGCAGCCCCUGGGUUUUAGGGCUGGAAGAAGGAUUGGCCCAGCUCAGCUGCUCCUCACCAGAUCUGAACAAAAGAGCUUGCUAUGGACAAAUAUUCGAGAGCAGUGAAUGCCUUAUGUAUCUGUUCUGCCUUUGAAAUCAUGUGCCUGGCCUGUCAGUAUUUAUUAUUGCCUUGAUUAGAUGCUUCUCCUUCAUGCUGCCCGGACAGCCCUGCUACCCCCAGUAGAAACCCCACUGACGUGGAAGGAGGAGGCCUCGCAGGGCCUGCUCUCUUGUUUUGUCAGGUGGGCAUGUUCCAGCUCAGCAGCCCAACUCAGCGGGGCUAUUGCGAGUCCCAAACUUGUGUUAGAACUGGGACCAAGCGCGUGGUGUGUGUGUGUGGUUCUCUUUCAUAGCUACAUCUCUGCCCCCGACUCCUCUUCCCCACUCCGUCCCUUGCAGGAUUUUUUUUUUGUUAAAUUGAUUUGAUGCGUUUUUGUCUAUAAAUCUAAAGAUCUGGAUUAACAGAUUUGGAAUCAUCAGCUUCCCCUUUACUGACGGUAAAAUAAAAUCUUGAAACUGA